AUGUACCGCGCACACAGCAAGGAUAUCAAUCGGAACAAGAGCUUCCACCCCCUGACGUACCGCAACCUACGUCGCGUUGAGCUCCUCAAGGGAGACGCCGAGCUCAGUAAAGAGAAGGCGGCGGAGCGGCAGAAGGAGCUGCAGCGCGAUCAGGAAGAACGCCGCUACGAUGAGCUGAUGCUGGCAAACCCGGUGGACUCGCUCAGCGGCGAGCUGGCCCGCUACCGGCAGACCCGCAACAUCUUCGCCGCAGAGUACGAGGCAGACGCCAAAGCAGCCAAGGCUUUGCCUGUAGCGUCACCACAGUCGCCACAAGCCAGCGAGCCGGGAGUGCAGCUAGAGACGUCCACCAGCGCGUCGUUCCCCCUAAAUGGCUUCCUCAAUAAGUUCAAGAAAGAGGAGGCCUACGGGCCGGCGUGGGUGAUGAAAACAGAAAUACGAGAUGACACCGACGCUGCUGCUAGCGCAGUCGUCCACGCAGAGGCGGAGACGCCCAUGAGGAAGCGGCAACGAGAUGGCGCAAACGGCAACUGCCCCUCUAACGCCCACGAUGGCAGCGGCGAGGGUGAAGGUGCGACGCAAAGGAAAGAAAAUGGGAGUGGGCGUGCACCCGCUACCGGCUUCGUUACCAGCGCGGAGGCGGCACAGCUGCGAAAGGAGCUCAACCUCGCACAGAAGCGCCGGCACGACCCCCUCAUGCGAGUAAAGCAGUACCAGAACAGCUGCGUCGCCGCCGCCGCCAGGCAGCAGCACCACGAGCAAGAGACCCGUGCAGAAGCAAAGCAGGACAACGAUAAGGACAAGCUGCAGAGCCGCAUCCGCGAGCUGCUGGCCCUCAAGAAGCGAAAAGUAGAAUGA